UUAUCUAGCCAAUAAGAAAGCAGUAGCGAACACCAUCCUACAAUACUGCCAAAUCGUUUGAGUUGCACACGGUUUUUUUGUCCCAGCUGUGACGUUAAACAUUAUCACGCUUGAUCACCGGCUCCGGCGCUAUUGGAUUUCGUCACCGACGAAGUAACCAGGAAACUUCCCUGCGUAAUAUAUUAAUCAAUCUCUGAUUUAGUCCACUAUAAAAUGGAUAAUCUCCUCCUUCAUCAGGCCAUAAACACACAGAGAGCAGGUCAAAAGGAAGGAAAAAAGACAAGGAGAGAACCUUUUUACAGGCUCUAGUAUGGGGAGAGGUGGCCAAAACAUUGGUAAGCUUGAAACCAACAGCCCUCGAAAUAGCCCUCGAUUCCUCACUAAUCCCAAUUUGUUCCCGGCUUGGGCUAAGGACGUUUAUGCAUGUGAGAACCAUUUCCAGGUGACCCAAAAAUCAGGGGUCCUGUCAGCGGACAUUGAGAGACGACGCAAAAUCCAUGGCUUCAAUGAACUGGACAAGCACGAGGGACCCUCCAUUUGGAAAUUGAUCCUUGAGCAAUUCGGGGACACUUUGGUCCGUAUCCUCCUUGCCGCCGCUGUCAUUUCCUUCGUUCUUGCCUGGUAUGACGGCGAGAAAGACGAUGGGAAGAAGGAGAUCAAUGCCUUCGUGGAGCCUCUUGUGAUUUUUCUUAUCUUGAUUGUUAACGCAAUUGUCGGAGUAUGGCAGGAAAAUAACGCUGAAAAAGCACUGGAAGCGUUGAAAGAAAUUCAGUCAGAGCAGGCGACGGUUAUUCGAGACGGAAAAAGAAUUACCAAUUUGCCAGCGAAGGAACUUGUGCCCGGCGAUAUCGUUGAACUCAGAGUCGGUGACAAAGUCCCCGCCGAUAUGCGAGUUGUGGAGUUGAUAAGUUCGACGCUUAGAGUCGAGCAGGGGUCGCUGACCGGAGAGAGCGAAGCGGUUAAUAAAACGAACAAGGCCGUGGCGGAGGACGCUGACAUUCAGGGAAAGAGGUGUAUGGUUUUCGCUGGGACAACCGUCGUGAACGGCAGUUGCAUUUGCUUGGUUACACAAACAGGGAUGGAAACGGAGAUUGGCAGAGUGCACACUCAAAUUCAUGUGGCGUCCCAGAUGGAGGAGGACACGCCAUUGAAGAAGAAGUUAAAUGAGUUUGGAGAAUCGCUCACGAAGAUAAUCGGAGUGGUUUGUGUAUUAGUGUGGUUGAUCAAUGUGAAGUACUUUUUCACUGUGGAGUACGUCGAUGGUUGGCCUAGGAAUUUCAAGUUUUCUUUCGAGAAAUGCACUUACUACUUCGAGAUUGCGGUGGCAUUGGCUGUGGCUGCCAUCCCUGAGGGUUUGCCUGCAGUGAUUACCACCUGUUUGGCGCUGGGCACUCGGAAAAUGGCCCAAAAGAAUGCACUUGUUAGGAAGUUGCCCAGUGUGGAGACUCUGGGGUGUACCACUGUUAUUUGCUCGGAUAAAACUGGUACAUUGACUACAAAUCAGAUGGCUGUAGCGAAGCUUGUUGCUAUGGGACAGACGGCGGAGGAAUUGAGGACUUUUAAGGUUGAUGGAACAACUUACAGCCCUUAUGAUGGGGAAAUAUAUGACUGGCCUAGCGGUGGAAUGGAUGCUAAUCUCCAAAUGAUUGCCAAGAUUGCAGCUGUAUGCAAUGAUGCUGGUGUUGAACAAUCUGAGCAUAAAUAUGUGGCCACUGGUAUGCCAACUGAGGCAGCUUUAAAGGUUCUUGUUGAGAAAAUGGGCCUUCCACAGGAACCAUUACUUGAUGGUGGAUCAUGUGGCAGUGAUCUUUUACGUUGCUGCCAACAAUGGAAUGAAUGUGAACGUCGGAUUGCGACCCUUGAAUUCGACCGUGACAGGAAAUCUAUGGGAGUCAUUGUCAACUCUCCUUCAGCGAAGAAAUCAUUGCUUGUAAAGGGAGCUGUAGAAAAUUUGUUAGAGAGAAGUGCUAAGAUGCAGCUGCUGGAUGGUUCUGUUAUACAGCUGGAUGAUAACUCAAGAAGCCUUAUUUUAAUUGCCCUUCAAGAAAUGUCUUGCAGUGCAUUACGGUGUUUGGGUUUUGCAUACAAAGAUGAGCUCCCUGAAUUUGACACAUAUGACGGCAGUGAAGAUCAUCCGGCUCAUGAGCUUUUACUUAAACCAUCUAAUUAUUCAUCAAUUGAGAGCCAACUGAUUUUUGUUGGCUUGGUUGGACUGAGGGAUCCUCCAAGGAAAGAGGUAUACCAAGCCAUUCAAGAUUGUAAACAAGCUGGCAUUCGUGUAAUGGUUAUCACUGGAGAUAACAAGAAUACAGCAGAAGCUAUAUGUCGUGAAAUUGGCGUAUUUGAACCUGAAGAAGACAUUAGCCCAAGAAGUUUAACAGGAAAAGAGUUCAUGGUGUUGGAUGAUCAAAUAGCACAUCUUAGACAAAGUGGUGGUCUUCUGUUUUCCAGGGCUGAACCAAGGCAUAAGCAAGAGAUAGUGGCGCUGCUGAAAGAAGAAGGGGAGGUAGUUGCUAUGACUGGUGAUGGAGUGAAUGAUGCACCUGCCCUGAAACUUGCCGAUAUCGGAGUUGCAAUGGGAAUUGCUGGAACAGAGGUUGCCAAAGAAGCUUCAGAUAUGGUGUUGGCAGAUGAUAAUUUUAGCACAAUUGUUGCUGCCGUCAGUGAAGGAAGAUCCAUCUAUAAUAAUAUGAAGGCUUUUAUCAGGUACAUGAUUUCUUCAAAUAUGGGGGAAGUAGCCUCUAUAUUUUUAACUGCAGCUUUAGGCAUACCUGAAGGCCUUGUGCCUGUCCAGCUUUUAUGGGUAAAUCUUGUUACUGAUGGACCACCAGCCACAGCCUUGGGAUUCAAUCCUUCAGAUAAGGACAUAAUGAAAAAGCCCCCUCGUAGAAAAAAUGACUCUCUCAUAACUGCUUGGAUUUUAUUCCGUUAUCUGGUGAUUGGGAUUUAUGUUGGGAUAGCAACAGUAGGUGUCUUCAUCGUUUGGUAUACACAGGGUUCCUUCUUGGGGAUUGACCUUACUGGAGAUGGUCACACCCUGGUUACAUACUCGCAGCUCGCCAACUGGGGUCAGUGCUCAUCCUGGGAGGAUUUUUCGGUAUCACCCUUCACAGCAGGAACUCGGGUUUUAUCCUUCGAAAACAACUCUUGUGAUUACUUCCAGAGUGGAAAAGUGAAAGCCACCACACUGUCCCUCUCUGUGUUGGUUGCCAUAGAAAUGUUCAACUCUCUCAAUGCCCUUUCAGAGGAUGGAAGUCUCUUAACAAUGCCUCCUUGGGCCAAUCCUUGGCUCCUUUUAGCCAUGUCUUUCUCCUUUGGCCUGCACUUUUUGGUCCUAUAUGUGCCAUUCCUAUCUCAAGUGUUUGGCAUCGUGCCUCUUAGUUUUAACGAAUGGCUCUUGGUUCUUGCUGUUGCUUUCCCGGUGAUUCUCAUUGAUGAGAUUAUCAAGUUUGUGAGAAGGUGUGCAACCAGUUUUCUAAAAUCAGAUGCAAGAAAAUCAUCAAAGCUCAAGUCAGAGUGAGCCUAGCUCCCUGGAGAAUGCUUUGCAACAACUAUAUGGAGUCUCCUCCUUUGUAAUUCUCAUGCUUUACUGAAGGUGUUUCUGUGCCUUGAAUGCUUAGCUAUACAUUAUAUGUGAUCAGGAUUCUCAUCCUCAAUCUCAUCAUCUCAUCUUGUAAGUGGAAGAAGCUCUACGAAGCUAUGUAAAAUAGAAGGAAGAUAUAUGCAACAAUAAUUCAAACUUUAUGAAGGCUAUUUUAAAUUAAA